AUGUCGGGCGCCAGUGGCUCUGGCAGACCACCGCCGUUGCUGGCGGCGCGAGCAUCGAAACCCGACGAUGGAUAUGGCGGUUCGAGACAACCGGGCCAGGACCCUCGGCCACCGGCGUCGAGGCCGAAGAGGACAUUGAUCGAGAGUGCCUGCUCGGCAUGCCGAAAGCGAAAGUCACGAAUACUCGAGACUGAACGCGCAGAGUCUCGCGAGCUGAUGCACUACCUCCAAACCCGUCCCGAGCACGAAGCCCAGGAUAUAUUCCAACGAAUACGAAGUGGCGGCUAUGAAGAUCUCUCCAGCCUGUUACGGCAGGUACGACAAAACGAUGUCCAAUCGCCGUCCGAAAUGAAUUAUGAGACGAUACAACAACAGAGGCCACCGUUCGAGCAACGCAUUUCAGCAUCAUCCUCUGGCGGAAGUGUUGGUGAGCAACAAAGGCUGCCACCAAUCAGAAGUAUGUUUGAUGUAUCCGAUACUCACGGCCACCAUCAGCAGCAGCAACAACAACAGCAGCCGCAACAACAACAGCAGCCGCAACAUCCCCAGCAUAUAAUGGACAUGACCGGAUCCAUGCAAAACUCUUACGGACAACAGCAGGAUCACCGUCAACAUAGUAUGAGCUCGCGCGAUCGAGGCUCAUACUCGAGCUCGGAACAUCCAUUUACUUCCGGUCCGUGA